CUCGGAGGCGCUGCCGGGGCAGCGGCGCAGACUGCGGCUGGGGCAGAAGAUUCUGGCCUGUGGCUGACAUGCAGCAGGUGAGACCAAAAAUCCUGUACAUCUGACAGCUUAUACUUGUUCCACUGAGUGGCCGAGAUUGUUGGCUCCAUUUUACCAAUGAAGAAGCUGAGAUUUGGCAGCUGUGCCACUGAGGCCCCACCCUCCCUGCCGUGCGGCGGGGGUCACCAGGAUGAAAGUGUCCGAGGAUUUGGCCUGUGACUUGGAACGCAGCCUGCCAGCCGUGGCCUCCUUCAGCUCAUCUCUGUCCCACAAGCAGAGCCUCUCGUCGCACUUCCUCCUGCCGCCUCCCGAGAAGCGCCAGGCCAUCUCUGAUGUCCGCCGCACCUUCUGUCUCUUUGUCACCUUCGACCUGCUCUUUAUCUCCCUGCUCUGGAUCAUCGAGCUGAAUACCAACACGGGCAUUCGGAAGAACUUGGAGCAGGAAAUCAUCCACUACAACUUCAAAACUUCCUUUUUUGACAUCUUUGUCCUGGCCUUCUUCCGCUUCUCAGGACUGCUCCUGGGCUAUGCGGUGCUGCGGCUCCGGCACUGGUGGGUGAUUGCGAUCACCACGCUAGUGUCCAGUGCCUUCCUCAUUGUCAAGGUCAUCCUCUCUGAGCUGCUCAACAAAGGGGCAUUUGGCUACCUGCUCCCCAUCGUCUCCUUCGUCCUUGCCUGGUUGGAGACCUGGUUCCUUGACUUCAAAGUCCUGCCCCAGGAAGCUGAGGAGGAGCGAUGGUAUCUUGCUGCCCAGGCCGCUGUCGCCCAUGGACCCCUACUCUUCUCUGGAGCUCUAUCUGAGGGCCAGUUCUAUUCACCCCCAGAAUCCUUUGCAGGGUCUGACAAUGAAUCAGAUGAAGAACUCGUUGGGAAGAAAAGCUGCUCUGCCCAGGAGCGGGAGUACAUCCGUCAGGGGAAGGAGGCUACGGCUGUGGUGGACCAGAUCUUGGCCCAGGAGGAGAACUGGAAAUUUGAGAAGAAUAAUGAAUAUGGAGACACUGUGUACACCAUUGAGGUUCCCUUUCAUGGCAAGACGUUCAUCCUGAAGACCUUCCUGCCCUGCCCGGCGGAGCUGGUGUACCAAGAAGUGAUCCUGCAGCCUGAGAGGAUGGUGCUGUGGAACAAGACAGUGACCGCCUGCCAGAUCCUGCACCGAGUGGAAGACAACACUCUCAUUUCCUAUGACGUGUCCGCAGGGGCUGCGGGCGGCGUGGUCUCCCCAAGGGACUUUGUGAAUGUCCGGCGCAUCGAGCGACGUAAAGACAAAUACCUGUCAUCAGGCAUUGCCACAACCCACAGUGCCAAGCCCCCAACACACAAAUAUGUCAGGGGAGAGAAUGGUCCAGGGGGCUUCGUCGUGCUCAAGUCGGCCAGUAACCCCCGCGUCUGCACCUUUGUCUGGAUCCUUAAUACAGAUCUCAAGGGCCGCCUGCCCCGGUACCUCAUCCACCAGAGCCUUGCAGCCACCAUGUUUGAGUUUGCCUUCCACCUGCGGCAGCGCAUCGGAGAACUGGGAGCCCGAGCAUAAUCCUGCCCCCGCGCCACCCUGCGGGCCAGGGUUCUGUCACCACAGCCACCAGAGCCAGAGACGGGGCUCAGGGGGCUGCCCACAGAGGACCUGGCCUCAAGCAGCGUGAGGAAGAAGCUUUCUCCCAUGGCAGCCCCUUGGCCUCAAGCUGCCAAGCUUCGCUGUGCCUGGGAGCAGCGGCCGUGAGCAGGUGGCAGGCCCAUGGACGCUGGGGCUCUCUGCUACUGAGGCGAGUGGGGCCCCUGCUGCUGGUGUUUAUGUGGUGCCCCUGCCUCUCGGACGACGAGACCUGCGGUCCCCUGCCUGGCCAGGGGCAGGGUCUGGAGUGGGAGCCUCAGACUUGGUGGGCGAGGGCCAGGGCCAGGCCCUGGCCAGGACGGAGGCCGGAGCAGCCUGGUCAUCAGGGUUAGGGUGCAGGAGCCCCUUCGUCUGCCCGCUCUCUCAGCACGGUCUUCGGGGAUUACGUAAAGGGUCUGGGACCAUUUUUCACAUGUACUUGUCGGGGAGCGGGUGGCAGGUGGGGAUGGUGGACGCUGGCAGUGAGCCUCUGCCUCUCCCAGCUUCUCCCCCUCCCCUCAGGGCCUCCUUGGGCACUUUUGUAAUUUGAGCCGAUUAAUAACAAGAACUCAAAAGAAAAAAAGCAACCCCUCCAGCCUGGCCUCUUCAGGGAAGGGGAGGGGGCACCGUGCAGGUGGGGAGGGAGUAAGCCACACAGGGGCC